UCCUAACCUAGGUUCAUUAAUAAAUCCACAGAGGAGAAAUUCUUUUCUGUUUCCUACAAUUUUAUUUGAAAAUGAAUGAUGCACCGAAAAGGGGCCGAGGUAGAGGUAGAGGUGGAAGAGGACGGGGCAGAGGUCGCGGCAGGGGCCGGGGUAGAGGAAAAAAAGCGCUUAAAGUAAUUGAAAGCGAUGAAGAAAUUGAAAAUAAAACCCUAGUGGAGGAACCGGUGGAAGAGCCACAGCUCGACGCCCCCGAAGCGCAAGAGGAAACGGGACCUCCUCCAAGUAACUUUGAUUUGGAAGCUGAUAUCUCUCAGUUGGAAGCACCAACCUUCACAACUAUUAAUAGAGGUCCUCCAGAGCCAAUGCUAAGGUUAAAUUGGGACCAUAAAGUCAAUUUAAUUGGAGAGAAAGUUUUAAAUCCUAUGAUACAUUGUUGUGAUAAAUGUUUAAAACCAAUUUUGAUAUAUGGCAGAAUGAUUCCCUGCAAACAUGUUUUUUGCUUAGCAUGUGGAAAAAAGGAGCAUAAGCAGUGUCCUAGGUGCCUAGAGAAAGUUUCAAGGGUUGAACAAACUGGUCUUGGAACUGUGUUUAUGUGUUCGCAUGGUGGAACGAGAUAUGGAACAUCAGGUUGUCGCAGAACAUACUUGUCACAGAGGGAUUUACAAGCACAUAUUAAUCACAGACAUGUAUCAAGUAUUGGUGCUCAGCAGCCCGUACAGAUCCAACAACAAGCUGAAGUUGUAGUGCCAGAACCUGAACGUACAAAUUUGCGUCCUAAGCCAAAUCUAGCCAACGAUCCUAGAUCCAGUACAUCAACUUUAACUGGACGACGUGCUAGGGCUAAUUUAAUUACUGUUCCAAUUCAAGAAACAACCCCAGUGGUGCAAGAUACUAUUCCACCUUCCCAGAAUUACUACAACCAAUACUCCCAAGCUACCAAUUACAAUCAGUCACUUCCACCGAUGCAUAUACCACCACCUCAAGCACAGCCUCAGUAUUACACUGCACCACCUGCUUACAGUCCAGCUCAAACCUAUCCGACAUAUACGGGGACUGCUGCCCCCACCCAGCCACAGUACACUACUGCUGCUGCUACGGUACCCCAGAGAGCAACACAACAGUAUGAUUACACUGCUGCACCACCGCAGUGGACAAAUAAUCAACAAUAUUACCGCUGAAAGUUGUUUCUUUCCUCUUGAAAAUUACUGAAAACUCUCUUGCGUUUUUGCUUUUGCUCUGUCAUAGUAAAUAAGACUUUUUUAAUUCUGGCUUAUGGUUUUAUGGGUGUAAAGUUCAGUGUAAUAAAAAAAGUGUAAAACAUGUUUGACUUAUUGAUUUAAACUUUUGAAACUACCGUGAAAUAUGAAAAAUAUUUAUAGCAUGUUUCAUAGUUUACCCAUCGUUAACGAUCGGUGAUGUACGAUCAGUUCUGUCUAGACAGUAAGACAUCAUGUC